GAUAGUCCAUGCAUGAACAAAGUGCAUUUCGAGAUACAAGCAAAGUUCCUGUCAGAUCAUCACGAUCAAGUUCAACACGCAGAAUCUCUACAAAUCGAAGUUAUUAGACCUCAAAGAGUAGAGGCAUGAAUGGUCUUUGACGUUGCGAUUGGCGGUCUACUUUGACCAUGGUGGUUCUUAACAACGGCAAAGGUAAUGGGAGUGCCGAGCCUGCCAUUCAAGACAUUGCAGAAAUUCAAGAUCAUCUUGAAGAUACUCACAUAGCAGACACGAACCAAGGCUCCAUACCAGGCUCCACGAAAGCGCAUUCUUCGAGAACUCCUUCGAAAGCUCCUCCGAAAACUCCUCCGAACUCUCCUUUGAACUCUCCUUCGCAUACUCCUUCGAAUACAACAGCCAAUACAACAGCCACCACCGCCGAAGUCUUUCUUUCCACGAUCCCCUCUCCAAUCCCAAACCCAGCAGACUGGACCUCAGAUCUACCUGACUCCGACCAUGUCCAAUUUUUCAAAAAUACAAAUUGGGCUGCAACACACCUUGGACCCUUAGAAUCAUGGGGUCUUGCCCUUCGACUUCACACUUUCACAACUUUUGCAGAUUCAAGACCUGCUUGUUUGUAUUGGGGACCUGAAAGAGUUGCAAUUUACAAUCAAAAUUUCAUCCAAAUGUCCGGCAAAACACAUCCAGCGUUGAUGGGUAAACCCUUUGAGUUAGCUUUCCCAGAAAUUUGGACGGACAUAAAAGGGGUUUUCAUGCAUGCAGAGACGACCAAGCUUGCAGCAGACGUUAAUGAGAUACCUUUAAUGGUGGAGAGAAGUGGAUUCAAAGAGGAGACAUAUUUUACGGGAAGCUUUAAUCCAGUCCGAAGGGAGGACGGAGCAGUCGGGGGAUUUUAUAAUUCUGUAGUUGAAGUUACUGCCCAAAAGCUCAACGAGAGAAGACAGGCGAUGUUGGGAUCACUGGAAAUUCCAACUGGAUUGCAACAAGGAACACUUGCUAGCCAUGUUAUGCCUCAUUUAGAGUCAAAUCCACUAGACAUACCCGUGGCGAUGUUAUAUCAGGUAGACGAGCAAAGCUCUUCUGGGUCUGCGAUUUACCUGCGGAGUCAGCUGGGCUUCCCUGAACACCACCCACUCGCUGUGCCAGAAGCUGAGCUCAGCAGCUGUCUUGGCCUAUUUCCAUUGUUACAUGAAACAAGCCAUAAGAUCUCAACUCAUCUUGUCGAUGAGACAUUUACGGGAGUCGCAUGGCGUGGCCACAAAGAUGAGUCUACCGGAACUUACGAACCAUCGACGCAUUUUAGCAUACUUCCAAUCUCGAGUGCUGAUCGUAUCUUUGGCUAUCUCAUACUUGGCGCCAACUCUCGCCGGCCGAUUGACGAUACCUACGAUCAAUUCAUAAAUGCUAUCGCCUCGAGAGUCUCAUCAAUUGCAUCUGCCUUGGCUAGCGCCGAGGAAACAAGGCGAAGGGCCGAUCGGUUAGAAAAGGAACUUGCUGAAAGUGAGAGACAAAUCAGAUAUAUGGCACAGAAUGCUCCGGUUGGUAUGCUGCAAUUAUCGACCGAAGGUAAAAUCCUCUGGGCGAAUCAUAUGUACUACCAAAUCACUGGCCAUCCGGGACCUGAGGAACCGCAGUACAACUAUUCUUUUCUUGAUGUUUUGAUUGAAGAAGACAGGUCUCAAACUUUACAAGCUUGGGUACAACUUCAUGAUGGAUCUUCUCAUAUCGAGACUACAUCACGGCUCAAGCGUAUGUUCGUGCCACCCAGUGGGGAAACCGAAAACGCUUGUAUGCUAUCAUUGGCAUUUCCGUAUGUUGUCAAUGGUGAAGUACAAUCCAUCAUGGCUUGCUUCACCGAUAUCUCUGAGCUAAAAUGGGCCGAAGCAGCGGAAGCCAGAAAUGCCGAAGAAGCACGCGCGGCCAAACGUCAACAAGAGGAGUUUAUUGAUGUUGUCUCCCAUGAGAUGAGAAAUCCUCUCUCUGCCAUCUUCCAGUGUGCCGAUAUGAUAUCAAAUUCCUACAAAGAUUUAUCACAUACAAAAGCUGUUGAAAUUCUGAAAAGCAAUGUUGAGGCCGCUCGUACGAUAGCUAUGUGUGCCAGUCAUCAAAAGCGUAUCGUGGAUGAUGUCUUGACACUCUCGAAGCUCAAGUACAUGAUGCUGUCUAUUUCGCCGCAUUCUGCUAACCCGGCAAAAAUUCUGGAACAGGUCGUUAGAAUGUUCGAAGCAGAUUUAAUGUCCCAUGACAUCUCAAUCAAAACAAUAGCCCAACCUUCCUUCGACACCAAUAACAUCGACUUAGUCAUGUUUGACUCCUCGCGUGUGAACCAAAUAUUGAUUAACUUACUAACAAAUGCGAUCAAGUUUACGAGAGGUGAACCCAGGAGAAGGAUCACAGUCACUUACGGCGCUACGCUUGUUGAGCCAGAAAAAAAUUUCAGCAAAGACUUUCACUGGGCACAAUGCGGAAACGAAGUUGAAGAUUUGACGCUCAAUCCUGAGUGGGGCUCUGGUGAACCUGUGUUUUUAACAUGCGCAGUCACAGAUACAGGAGUUGGCAUGCAUGCUGAUGAGAUUCCUCGUCUCUUCACUCGCUUUGAGCAGGCCAAUUCGAAAACCUCUAUAAAAUAUGGCGGAUCUGGUUUAGGCCUGUUCAUAUCUCAAAAGCUUGCUGAAAAACAAGGAGGUAGGAUUGGCUUAUCUUCCAAAUUGGGCCAGGGAAGCACGUUUGGGUUUUACGUCAAGGUACGACGCAGUGUCAAACAACCAAAAGAUACCCGCCCAAAAUUGGCACCAGUAUCAUUCGAUGGAUCUUACUAUGACGGAUCGAAGUCUAUGCACGUUUUAUUAGUUGAGGACAAUUUGGUCAAUCAGAAGAUAUUAGAGAAGCAAUUAAAAAAAGCUGGCUGCAUAGUGUACGUGGCCAAUCAUGGGCUAGAGGCCUUGGAGACAUUGAGACAAUGUUCCUGCUGGCAUGAGCCGGUGAAAGACGCAAAGAAAUUAGAUAUCAUACUUAUGGAUUGGGAAAUGCCUGUCAUGGAUGGCCUCACUUGCAGUCGGGAGAUCCGAGCAUUGCAACAAUCUGGAAAGAUCUUGAGGCAUCUUGAGAUCAUCGCAAUUACUGCUAAUGCCCGAGAGGAGCAGGUUCAAUUGGCAUUACAUAACGGAAUUAAUUUCGUAAUGUCCAAACCUUUCAUAGUCUCAAGCUUGCUAUCCAAGAUGAGAGAACGGCUUAGCGGGAUCGAUAAUGGAACGAUUUUCCAAUGAACGGAUAAGCUCUUCCCCGUAGCAGCAGAAAGUAUACUUAUGAAGAGCGGUUAAUAUCCUACCGUCUUUUCAUCUAGAUGGCCUUACGUCAUUCUCCAAUCGCUCGGGCCCCUCUGAAUACACAGCGGAAGCCGCGGAGAUCCAGGAAAAGGACUGUGAGCAUGUGUUCCCAGCUUCCAUGUUGAUAUCAAUACUUUGAAUGAUGCCAGUAUGUUUGAGAAGAGAGGAAAAACGAUGGAGGUGAGAGACCUCGAUGCCAAACCAGGAUAUAUGUGUCAAUGUUCUCGUUAUCACGUGAAACUUGUGACCAUUUGUUUGGAUGUAUACCCCAAGAAACGAACCCCAAAAGUGUUAGAAACCUGUCGGCAGCACAGGUAUUAAUAAAGAGAACAGCGAGGCUUAGUUGCAAGAACAAAAAGCGGCUACUUAGGUCGGUCUCUUCUCUGGUGUUGUCACCCAUUGGAUAAGGAUAAUGUUAGCAAAAGAUAGGGGAGAAUAAUAUCACAUCAAAUUUUACAACAAAUCAGGACUUGCAAAUUUCCUCCAAAAAGUAGAAAGAUGCAUGAAAGGUGUCAUCAAAGAUAACCUGAUGGAUACACUAUCAGCAGCAUUUUUGUAUGUAAUUUUCGCCACGCAAGUCAACACGACGAUCGUUUUACUUUACGCUCCAAUGACAAGUCCUAGGACAGUCACUGAAGGCAUUUUGACAGCAAGUAAGGUAUACAAAUGAAUCAAAACUAGUUCCUAGCGUUUAGAGCUGCGCUGUGAGAUCUUCCACAUACACCCACCCGUUCAGCAACAACAUCGACAUCAUCCAUUUUAGUACCUAUUUUGGCACAAACUCGCGUAGAAAAUGGCUUUUCUUCAAUAAAUUUGCUUGA